AUGGCUUCUGAUAGCCUGAUUAGUGUCCCCGUUGGCCUCUGCGCUGCUAUCCUCGGAGAAACCGAGUGCAAGCAGCAGUCCGUUUCCAAUGGUCUGAUCAAUGUUCCCAUCGAUGGUUGCAUUGCCGCUCUCGGAAAGGCCAAGUGCGACCAGGCCUCGUCUUCCUCCAGCGAUGGAGGCUCCCUGAUCAACGUGCCCAUCAACAUCUGCCUGGCCGUCCUCGGUGAGGCUCACUGCCAGCAGAGCUCUCAGUCUUCGGGUGGUCUCAUUAAUAUUCCCAUCAACGUUUGCCUCGCGGUUCUGGGCGACGUAGACUGCCGGGAUUGCUCUGAGGACUCCUCCACCACCGUGCCAUCCGUGCCUAGCUCUGAGACUCCCGCGAGCCCUUCGAGCACCGCCGGAACUCCUCCCCCUGCAAUCACUGGACACCCUGGCAAUCCUUCCGGCUCUGCUCCGUCCGGCCCUGCUCCGACUGGCUCUGCUCCCUCUGGCUCUGCUCCCUCUCCUUCUGGCUCUUCUCCCGCUCCCGGUGGAUCUGGACCUUCUGGUGUCUCUCCUGGCCAUUCCCACUCUGCCGGAGCUAUGCCCGCCUUUACCUCCACUGUUACCCACUACAAGACUGUCUGCCCGAUGGCCUGCGGUUCUCCCACCACCUCUCUGCGCCGUGUGACUCCCACUGCCUCUGCUAGCCACACUGCUGCCAAGACCCCCACCACCAGUCCUGUUCCCUUCAACGCGGCUGGCCGCGCUACUCUAUCCGGGGUUGCGGUGGCGUUUGGCGCUCUCUGUGCCCUGGCUAUGCAGAUCUAA